AUGGCAGAUGAAUUGAUCCCUGGUUUGCCCGAAGAAAUUGCUCUUGAGUGCUUAACUCGCUCCCAUUUUACAACUCACCGACUUGCCGCCCGAGUUUCCCGUCGCUGGCGCCGUCUAUUUCUCAGCCGCCAUUUUUACAAUCUCAGAAAACUUUCCGGCCGAACCCAUACAGCCGUGUUCGCCGUCCAGUCACUUCCGCUGCCAGUUAGCGAUGAAGCCAAAUCAGCCGCUCCGAUCGCGUUUGGUGUGUCGGCCUUCGAUCCGGCUACCGGUAAUUGGACUCGGAUCAAACCCAUCGAGAAGUACCCAAAUGGGCUUCCCCUGUUCUGCCGGAUAAUUGGCGUCGAUGGAAAACUGGUGGUCAUCGGCGGAUGGGAUCCGGUGAGUUACCGUCCCGUGGAGGAUGUGUUCGUGUACGAUUUCGCAGCGGAGAAAUGGAGGCAAGGGAAAGGUAUGCCGGAGAAGAGGUCGUUUUUCGGCGCAACAGAGUACGGAGGUGAAAUUUUCGUCGCCGGCGGGCACGACGAGGGGAAGAACGCAGCGGCGACGGCGUGGGUUUACAACAUUAGAAAUGACGAAUGGAGGGAGUUGCCGGCAAUGAGUACGGGAAGAGACGAGUGCGAGGCGGUGGCGAUUGGGUCGGAGAUAUGGGUAGUGAGUGGGUAUGAGACUGAAAAUCAGGGGGAUUUCGAAAGGACAGCGGAGGUUUAUGAGACAAAUACAGGGAAGUGGCGGCGCGUGGAGAACGCGUGGUGUGAGGAGAGAAGUCCAAGAAACGUGGUGGGAGUGGGGAGAAAAGGGGAACUGUUCAACUGGGCGACGGUCGCGGCGAAAACGACGGCGGUGGAGGGGGAAGGAAUUGUGGGGGUGAAUAUGGAGGAAAAGGGGGCAAUGGUGUUCAUGGGGAGGAAUGGAGUUUUCAUGGGAGAAGGACAAAAUGGUAAGUUGGAGAGAAUAGAAUUGCCGGAGGAAUUUUCGGGGUUCGUACAAUCGGCUUCUUACACCCACAUUUGA